AGUUCUGCAGCAAGGCUGCAUGGAGUCUGGUGCGUGGCCUGCUCACCCGCGACCCCCACCACCGGCUUGGGUCCAAGAGCAGCAACGACGUGAAAGGUCAUGAAUUCUUUUGGAUGAUCGACUGGGACAGCCUCGACAAGAGGGAGCUUGUGUCGCCCUUCAAGCCGAGUACCUUGGAUGUGAAGGCCGCUG